CCUCCUCUCGCAUUAUUUUCAUCCAUGCUUACGUCUGGGAGCCGUGUGUUCCGCAUUCCUGAGCCUCUCAGUCGGUACUUAAACGGGCUGAUGCAACGACCUCAGCUCAGUUCUCAAAGCUGCCUGACUCUUGACUGCUUCAGCCUGCCGUUUAUUCUCACACUGCGGGACUUUUUUUUUUUCCUGAUUUGGACGCAAAAGAGGGCGUCCAAACACGGUUCAUCAUUGACAGAAGAAGACUGACAAGUUCCCUCUGACGACGGCUUUGGCCGGGUUGGACAUGAUGCCUGGACAGAUACCUGACCCUUCGCUGGCGGCAGGCUCCCUGCCCAGCCUCGGCCCGCUGGCGGGCAUCUCGGCCACCACCCUCACCGAUCAGCUGAAGCUGGCAGACUUCCACCAGCUGGGCACCAUGCUGUCGCCGCUGCAUUUCCUGGGAAGGCUGGGGAAGAGGCCACUGGCCAUCAAGACAGAGAUGGAUGAAGAUGAAGAAAGAAGGAAACGAAGACGAGAGAAAAACAAGGUAGCAGCAGCACGAUGCCGGAACAAAAAGAAGGAACGCACCGACUUCCUCCAAAGGGAAUCGGAGCGUCUGGAAAUGGUGAACUCAGAGCUGAAAGCCCAGAUAGAGGAGCUCCGUCUGGAGAGGCAGCAGCUCAUGGUGAUGCUCAACCUCCACAGGCCCACCUGCAUAGUUCGGACCGACAGUGUGAAAACGCCGGAGAGCGAGGCCAACCCGCUGCUGGAGCAGCUGUCCGCCGAAACCAAGUGAAACCUGGGAGAACUGGGGCCUCAGGAGGUCCUGAAAGCUGAACUUGGACUGCUGAGGCAGACAUCUGAACUAAUACAUAACUGGCAAAACUAUUCUGAAUGAGCACUUGAGCUCCAGGCUGGAGACUUUUGCCCAAAGAUCUGAGGUUAUUGGGCUUUCUCAGCACUGCUACAUGGAGUUGGCUCUGUUCAUCGGGAGACUGAAAACACCCACUGUGCCUGCCACGUUGUUACUUUCUCCGUCUUUCCUCAAAGGGACCAAUGGAAGCGAAAGAUACGGCUGGAGAAAGCCCCGCGGAUUUACACUAACAGCAACAUGGUGCUCUGUUACCAAAGCCCUGGGUAGACUGUGAGGAGACAUGCAAAGACCUACGGCAGUCUUCCUACAUGUUCUAGUCACAUCACACAGGUGUAGAGCUUUUUGGUUACGAAACCCAGUCCAAAUACACCAGUGGGAGUACAGUAAUGUUUUUUAAUUUAGCGUUUUAUUCCCUGCCUUGACGAUGGCAGGUACCGGUUGAUCCGAUUUAAGCUGGCGCUGGCGUCAUGAAAAGCACAUAUUCACAAAAUGUUUACACACUUAUUUUUUAGACUUGCGUUGUCAUUAUUCUAAUUGUUUUAUACAGCUUUGUAUACAUGAAACAUAUGAAAUGCUUGUUGAUCACUUGACGUGAUUUUGAUCUUUUAUCGUCUUUCCUAAUCUGCCGUGUCUGGCUGUCAGAAAGCUGCCAAGUGUCUGUUCUGCAUCUAUGUACAAACCUGCAUAUCCUGAAAAGAUUAAAGUUUAUUUUCUAACUAAAAA